CCAACUGGCAGGAUGGGGACUGCGGCUGGGUCUCCUGGACCAGGUGCUUCUCGCUGCAUUUCGGGGCUCACGGCUGCAGGCUGAGACCAUCAGACGGUACCAAAAGUGCAGAGAGAGGCGACUUCCAAAGGGAAGGGCUCCCAGGGACUGUAGAUGGGGCGCUGGACAUGCUGCCCUUGCUACAGAGCUGCAGACUCAUUGAUGCUGCUUCUGGUUUUGGCUGUGAGCUGUAGUCCUUCCUUGGAAGCAACAGCUUCUCCGCCUGUGCCCCACGUCAAACCCAGCUACACUUUUGGCCGGACAUUCCUGGGACUUGAUAAAUGCAACGCCUGCAUUGGGACGUCCAUUUGCAAGAAGUUCUUUAAAGAAGAAAUAAGGUUUGACAACUGGCUUUCUUCUCAUUUAAAGCUGCCCCCCAGCUACCUCCUCAGCUACUCAGGGAACUACACGGACGAUGCCAAGAGCUGGCGGCUGGUGGACAUCACCAGGCUCACCACCAAGUACCAGCACGACCAGGCCGACAAGCGCAUCUGCACGGCGCUCCUCAAGACCAGGACGUGCAGCCUGGAGCGCGCCCUGCGCCGCACCACCCGCGUCCAGAAGUGGCUGCGGGCCAAGCGGCUCACACCGGACCUCGUGCAGGGUCUCCCCAGCCCCAUGUUGCGCUGCCCGUCUCAGCGCCUCCUGGACCGCAUAGUGCGGCGCUACGCCGAGGUGCCCGACGCCGGCAGCAUCUACAUGGACCACCUCACUGACCGCGACAAGCUGCGCCUUCUGUACACGCUGGCGGUGAAUUCGCACCCCAUCUUGCUACAGAUCUUCCCAGACGUGGAGGGGUGGCCGUUCCCGCGAUACCUGGGUGCCUGCGGGCGGCUGGUGGUCAGCGCCAGCACCCGGCCCCUCCGCGACUUCUUCGGUGCCGCUCCCGAGGUGGCUGCCGACCUGGCCCUGCAGCUCCUCGCCGUCCUCCGCUCCAUGGGCACCAACGACCUCAACUACUUUUUCUACUUCACCCACGUGGACGCUGGCACCUUCGGCGUUUUCAGCAACGGGCAUCUGUUCAUCCGGGAUGCCAGCACGCUGGGCAUCAUCGACAGGGAGGAAGGGAGCCCGCUCACCGGUGACCAGCAGGAGUAUAAAGAUAUAUUUAGCUGCUUGACUGUGGACUGCCAGUCUGCAGCUGUGUCCUGUAACUCAAUCAGAGAGGAGCAGAGUCUCGUCAUGGUAUGUCAGGAGCUUUUGCCUAAGCUCCUAGGGGGGAAAUUCCUUCAAGCCGUGCAGGAGAAGAUAGACGGCUUCCUCCAGCACUGCGCCGACGGCUUCACCAACGAGCAGGGCAUCGACGACGCGGUCACGAAGCUCGCAGAGCUCCUGAAACCGCUGCGAUCUUGCGAUUCGCGGUUUGCCUAUCGCUACCCGGACUGCAAAUACAGUGACAAAUACUGAGAGAAGCUCUCCGGGAAAGGGCAGAGCAGCCUCAGAGCCUCGCGGUCACGGACAGCGAGAAGGACCUGGGGUAGCUGGGAAGAGCUGCAUCAAAACGGAGGCAUCUUGAUGGAGAUCCAGGAGGAAGCACCUGGGAUUUACUGCUCAUCU